AUGGCGGGUAGCGGGCUGCUUUCAAACAUCAUUGAUCAGUCCGAGUUGUCUGCUUUAUCUGAGAGUGUCGUUGAAAAAAUUGAUAGUCAUUUAAAUGGUCAAAUAGCCCAAAUCGAGGAGUUGAAGACGAAUUAUGAAAAACUUCGAGUAAACUCUGAACAACAGUAUUUUGACAUUGAGAAACAGUUGGUUGAGAGCAACAGCAAGCUACAGUCUGAGGCAGAAAAAGCUAACAGGUUAACCACACAACUUGCUGAACUAGAGGAGAAAUAUGAAGCUGCCAGUAAGAAGUUACAGACCUUGGAGGACACAGAACAGGAGAAUUUGUCAACACAGCUGCGACUCACUCGUAGUAAUGAGAACCUGGAGGCCGAGAAAAGGGACCUGGCCGUGCUCCUGGAGAAGAAAACCAAAGAAAUAGACUGGCUCAAUGAAGAAUGGAAGAGCCUUGGAGAGAAGUUGUCAGCAGCAAACAGUGCAAAAUGUGAGGCAUUGGCCAAGCUGGAGGAGAUUCAGAGUCAGGAUGUCAUGGCCAAGUACAGAGAGAAACGUUCGGAGCAGGAGAAUGAGAUGUUGAAGCAGCAGGUUGAAUGGCUGAAGACAGAACUGGACAAGAAGAGUAACGACUUGAUGAACAUCAGGAAAGAUCAGUCAUCAAGUUUACUGGAGCUGCAAAGUCAACUGGAUGAGAAAACGCAUUCUGCCAACCUGCUUCAGGAUAUCGUGGACAGCCUGAGGAGUGAGAAGGAAAGUUUGGCCAGGAGAAUCAACGAGCUCAUUGAGAAGCAAAAGGAUGCUGCAGAGAGCUAUGCUCAAAGUGAAGAACAGUUCAAUUCACAAGAUGGUGAAACCAAAUCGUUGUUGUUGUUGUUUACUUCCUCCUGUAAAGAAUGUGGUGAAGCCUCUGAAGAGGCAGAAACCAAAUCUAAUGAGCUGUACAGAGCCACUGAGGAGCUGAGACGACUUGGUGUGGAGGCCUCCCAAGCAUAUGAAUCUCUGGAAAAGUCUAUUGAAUCUCUCAAAGAGAAACACAGAGAAGAGUUGGCUGAAAAAGACGUAAGGAUAAAUGCUUUAGUAGAAGAGCUGGAGAAUGCCAAUGCCUUGAUGAAAACAGCCAAACUAAAAGGGUUAGAACUGACAGAAGAAGGGAUCGAGGCCUUGUCCCCUGCUGCGGCAGCUGCCAGUAAGAUGCUCAAGUCUGGCAUGACACUCACACAGAUCUACAAUGAGUAUGUGAAGAAUUAUGAUGCCCUUCAGGAAGAGAGGGAAGAAAGUGAGCGCCUUCGUGAAUAUGUGGAGCAAAUCAUGGAGGAAAUAGAAGAGAAGGCCCCAUUACUGACGAAACAGAGGGAGAAUUACGAAGAGGCUUUGCAAACCAUCACGCGACUGACCCAGCAGCUGGAUCUCGCAAUGCAUGAAGUGGAGAGUAUGAGGACAGAAAGCGAGGACAACCAGAGGAAGGCCAGUCACUUCCAGAGAGAGGUUCAGAAAGUCAAGCAGCAAAAUGUGGAUCUCAGCCAACAGGUGCGUUUCCUGCUGAAGGAGGUGGAGGAGCUACGAGGAGGGCGAGUCGUACGCGAGGAUGAGACUUUCUCUGACGUGACCUGCUCCUCCCAGGCUGUCUCUCAGAGGCUUGUUAACUUCAGGAACAUUGAGGAGCUCCAGGAGCAGAACCAAAAGUUAUUGGUGGUGGUGAGAGAUCUCGGCCAGAAACUGGAGGAGAAAGAAGUGGAGGUCAAGGACUCAAGAAUCACAGAACUGCAGGAGCAGCUGGAUGGCUGUAUAUCUGAGCUGGAGGAACUGAGAAAUGCUCGUAACAGACAGAUGGAGAUGGCAGAGUCAAUCAUCCGCCAGAGAGACAUGUACAGAGUACUGCUGGGACAGACAGGUCAACUGCCAGCUAAGAUAGCUGCUGGCAUCACCUCCCCCGGUGCUGUCCCUGCCACAUCUAACAAUGGGUCCGGCCCGGGGAAAGUCUUGAGUCCUGAGGUAGACACUAGACAGAUGGAGGAAAUGAAAACAGCUCUUAUUGAGCUCAAGUCUGAGUACGACACCUACAGGAGAGAGAAGGCCGAAAAUGACAAGAUCUUGAAUGAGCAGUUGGAUAUACACAGGUCAGAGGCUUCCAGCCUAAGGGUACAGAAUGCCAAACUUGUCUCUCAGCUGGACUUUGCUACAGAAAGGUACAAGAUUCUGCAGAAUAAUGCCGAGAGCUUCAAGAAGGAGAUCACAUCACAGAGAGACAAGAACCAGAAAUACACCACUGCAGUGAUGAAACACGAGAUGACCAUAAACAGCCUGAAACAGGAUCUGAUGGGGGCUCAGGAAAUGGUUACAAGGUUACAGGUGCAGUGCCAGAACCUGCGACUGGAGAAGGACUUGCUGAAAAGUGCAGAGGCGCGGCUGCUACAGGAGAAGGAGAACCUGCUGAGAGAACAAGGAUCACAGAACAUCCUGCUCACAAGUCUACAGACAAUACAGAAUAACCUUGAACGCGCAGAAUACGAGACAAAGACAAAGCUUGGCCAGAAAGUAGAGAGUCUGGAAAAGGAGUGUGGAGGUUUGAGGAGGAAAAUGGACUUGGAAAGAGAUCAGCACACAGCUGCCAUCAAGCACUGGGAGAGUCAGGUACGUGAGCUGAGAAGUCAGCUGGAGAUGGAACUGACCAAACAUCAGGGCACACGGGAACAGCUGGCUAAAGUCACAAGUAACCUCGCCAGUCUGCAACAAGAGUUAUCCUUGAAGGAAGCCAGGUAUGCCGCUGCCCAAGCUAAGCUGCAACGACCCCUCGCUUCUGCAGGUGAGGAUGCAGGGGACACAACUCCUAACUUACAGGCAGAAGAACUGAAGGAUUUGAAGAUGCAGCUGAGACAGGCUGAUGUGGAGAUCAGAGCAUUAAGAAGCCAGGUACAGAAAGCUAACGAACAUGCUGCACAGUACAAAGAGAUAGCAGACAGUGUAGAGAAGGGGCUUAAGGAACAAAACGAGGUUAGCAAACAGUUCAAGGAUUCUUUGGAGAAUAAGCUGAAGGAAAUAGAGGAACAAAAAGCCAAGCUGGAUGAGCAGAUACUGAACUUUGAUAAGGAGAGGCAGGAUUUGAUGACAGAGAACAUCCGUGUUACCGAGGAGAGUCAUAAGCUGAAUGCUGAUCUGAGGAAGCAGUUGGCCAGUCUACAGCAUGAGCUGGAGGAGGCUGUGGAGAGACGGGAGCUGGCCAUCAAUGUGGAGCAGACCUGCCGGGCAGACUGUCAGGCCCAGGCCAAGAUCGCAGCAGAGGCUCAGGACAAGUAUGAGCGGGAGCUGAUGUUACAUGCGGCCGAUGUGGAGGCACUCAGCUCUGUCAAGAAACAGCUGGAAGGUUUUACAGCUCAAUUGGAGGCAGCAAAAGAAGAGGCCAGGGUAGCCAAGAAUAGACUGGAAGAGUCUCAGACCUCUUGGGCAGAACAGGAGAAACUGCUGAAGGAGGAGUGUAACCAGCUGGAGAAGAGGUGUGAGGAGUUGAACAAGCAGAACACUGUCCUCCAUGAGCAGAUGAGCAAGCUGAGUACUCAGGUAGUGGCCAUCCAGCAGUCCUCUCUCACAGAGCCAGGGGCUGGGGUCAUCUCUACAGCGGAGGGGGAGAAGUCAGCAGAACAACUGCUGGAAGUUAUCCGGUUUUUGAGACGUGAAAAAGAGAUAGCAGAAACCAAACUGGAAGUGAUUCAAUCUGAGGCCAACCGUCUUAAACAACAGCGAGAAACACUGGAGAGGCAACUAAGGGAGACAAACGCAGUAUUGACUGAGGAGAGAGAACGAUCACAGAUCAGCGUGCAGACAGCCCAGCAGCAUGCCGAUCUCAUGAGGAAGGUGGAGAACCAUAAUCUGCUGGUAGACAGUAACAAGCUCCUGCGGGAAGAGAAGGAGAAGUACCUACAGCAGUUACGGGAGUUAGAAGUCAAGACCAAGACAAUGGAGGACCAGAUAGCCCCCCUGCAGAAAGCGAAUCGGGAGCUCCAGGCCCAGUGUGAUGCCCUGGUGGCAGAGAAGUCCAUUUUACAGGGGGAGGUGGACAGGUGGAAGAACCGCACCAACCAUCUGAUAGAGCAGUGUAACAAGGCAGACCCAGAGGAACAGAAUAGACUGCUGCAGGAGAAAGAGAACCUGAAGAGACAGAUCACAAACCUUACAGAGGAGACUCAUAAACGCAGGGCAGAGAAUUCCCGGCUAUCAUCUCGCCUUCAGACUGUCCAGAAAGAGGCCACCACUGCUAAGGAAGAGAACCAGAAACUAAGUCAGGAGAUCAACAGACUGAGGGAGGAAGUGAAGGCCAAGGCCAGUGACAUUGAGGAAAAGAUGGUCACGAUUAACCAGUUAAAGAGAAUUGGCAGGAAGUAUAAAGACCAGGCUGAAGUGAUCUCUAAGCAGAAAGAAGACCAACUCGCCAUGCUCAACAUGCUUAAACAACAACAACAAGUGGCUAGCUCGGCUUCAGUGGAAGAGGCGACGGCUGCCAUGACCGAGAAACUGAAAGGCGGGCCGAGAAGGAAAGAGAUGACAUCACAGCUAAACUGGAGGAGAAGGAAUUUUGAGUGCACUACUCCAGAAAUUGCACAAACAGCAGAAGAAUCCAAAAAGCAGAAGGACAGUGUGGCUGAUGUGGAAAAGAAGUAUAACCAGGUCAGAAAUCUGCUGCAAUCUGCCAAGAAUCCACACUGCCAGUCAGAGAUAGAGAACAAGGUCUCCCAGCUGGACCAGCUACAGAAUUCACGCCCAUCAGGGGCCACAACUGCUGAGGAACCCCAGGCUGUGGAGAAAUUACGGAGAGAUAACACAGAGCUUCAGGCUCGUGUGCACCAGUUACAGAAGCUGAUAGAGAGUCAGAAGAAACAGCCAGUGAAGAAGGCCCCCAUCCUCAGACCUCAGGCCAAAACCACGCCUGAGAGAAGCAUAACCACACCAGAGUCACCCCGGACAGCCAAUAUUCGCCCAAUGGGCCACACCCACUGUGGGUAUCCGCCCCGCCACUCCCAUACAGCCUGUGCCCAGCAACCAAGCCGCAGCCAAGGCUACUGCCAGCAUACGCCCCAUGCCAUCAGCCCAGUAACAGGAUCACAUGGCGGGUCCACCCCCACGGCAACAGGAUCUCAUAGUGGGACCACGCCCACAGCAACAGUGAUGCCUACCACCAUUACAGCACCAGAGAGUCAUGAUGAGGCAUCAACAUCCAUGCCAACAGCCACAGGCCACAGUACAAGGGCAGACCUGCCCAGAGAGUCGCUCCCCCAAGAACCUCAGCCUGGCCCCUCUGCCUCAGAACCGCAGGACUUGUCCACCUCUGCUACAUCAAGAGUUACAGGCCCUGCUGAACCACAACCAUCUACAUCAAGAGUUACAGGCCCUGCUGAACCACAACCAUCCACAUCAAGAGUUACAGGCCCUGCUGAACCACAACCAUCCACAUCAAGAGUUACAGGCCCUGCUGAACCACAACCAUCCACAGCAAGAGUUACAGGCCCUGCUGAGCCCCAGCCCUCUACACAGACCACCAAGAGACCUAGGGAACCAGAAAGUCAAGACAUAGACUCUGAACCGGAUGGCAAAAAAUCCAGAGUUUCUUUGGAGAGUGGUGCGGUUCCGACCAUCACAGUGACAGAUGUGGACAGUAGAACCACCACAGCCAUUAGCUCAGACUCCACCACCAGCAUUAUUGAGGAGGGGGGCGUGGCCGAGGUGACUGGGGGUGUGGCCGAGGAGGCUGAUGUUGAGGCUGUGGGGACGAGCGUUGAAGCAACCCCAGCGAGGCUGGAGAGGAAGAUAUGGCUGCAGAGACAGGGGAAGGGGAAGUUGAUGAGGGCUUCUCUGCAGAUAUAUGUGGAAAUUGAUGAAGUUAUUCUUCUUCACAAAGGGGGUCGAAAGAAUAAAGUUGAAAAAUAUCAUCCAACUUCAGCAUUGGAAAGCAAGGCAGGGGAGGAUGUGACUCCGGCCCAGAGCGACACAGGCCCUGCCCCUCAGGCUCCACCCCCUGUCAAGUCCCAGGAGGAAGAGGAUGAGGAGGUGAUACUGGUGGACAGUGACGAGGAUGAUCAGGAGGAAGUGGAAGUGGAGGAGGAGGAUGACAGAGUGGAGGUGGAAGAGGAAAUUAUUGAGGAUGAGGAGGAGGAAGGGGAUGAAGAUGACGAAGAGUUUGAGGAGGAGGGGGAGGAGAUGGAGGAAGAAGAGGAGGAAGACGAGGAUUAUGAGGAAGGCCAGGAGGAUAUGCAGGAGGAAGGCGAGACAGAUGAGGAUGAUGUUGUCAUUGUUGAUCUGGAGGACAGUGGUGAUGGUCAAGUGGAGACGCAAACUGGGGAGGGAGCUCAGAGCCAGGCACAGCCACAGGUUGCCCCGGCCUCCCAGCCCAGUUCCAGUCAGAGGCCGCCCCCACCCCUUCAGCCAAUCAUAGCUCACACUGAGAGGCUGCCGUCCACAAGCGGCAGAAACCAGCUGGCACCGUUCAUGUUUGCUGGUCAGACAGGAGCUUUUGAGGAGGGAGAUGACUGUACAGUACCCAGCACACCUACUCUCUACGUGCCACGCCGGGGCGACGGCUUUGCAGAGGCCAUCAGCUCACCCCAUGUCCCACAGAGGUUUGUGUUUGGCAGCGGUCUGGAAUCAGGACAGAAUCAGCCAGAAUUGGCCCAACUCGUCUCUCAGGGAGCCCUUGGGAUGGAUGACACUAAGAUGGACCUGUCCCAGUUUGAUGAGGGAACAAGCCGGCAGACAGCAGCCACCCCAACCCCCGUAGCUAGUACCGCUACACAGGAGUCCCAGUCUUCCGAAGCUCAGCCAGUGUCUGCGUCAGCCGGCGCCCCCACGGAGAGCAGCACCGAGUCAGAGGAGCCAAUUCUCAUUGACGCAGAUACAGGAGAACCCUGUGACAUAACCACACAGCAAGAUGGCGAACAGGCCACAGAAGAGUUAGUGUCAUGCUUUUCUGUCUGGCAGUACUUUUGAUAUAGCUUGCUCACAGCCCUGCCACUAUAGUUCAGGCCAGGCUAAAAGUGCAUCACAAUGGAAUUGUUAACUACCCCUGUAGCCUACCUGUAGUCCAUGUGCUAUUAGGCUGCCAGUGGUUUGCGUGUCAUUGAUUU